AAAAAAAACGAAGCAAUGGCAUGCCAUGCAAAUAACCUGAACACCAGGGGGGCAGUGGCAUCACUCUCACACACCGAGCUAAAGUGCACGCCACUGUCCAUCCUGUUGCCACUCCCCUCUCACUCCCCCACGCGCACGCACAGCAUCCGCUCCAGCUCCACGCUCUCGCCCCGCACAAUGCGCCGCCUCAGCCGCGCCGCCGCGCUCCCCCUCCUCCUCCUCCUCGCCCUCGCAGCCGCCACCACCACCACAACGGUGGCGGCGGCGGCGGCGGCGAAGGCGAAGGCUCCCGCGGCAGCGGCGCCGCCAGCGCCUCCGAACGUGACGGCGGAGAUGGCCAAGGGCGGGUGCAAGGCGUUCGCGGACCUGAUCGCGGCGUCCCCGGACGCGUCGUCGACGUACCAGUCGGCCGUGGAGGGCGGCCUGACGGUGUUCUGCCCCUCCGACGACGCCGUGCGUGCGUUCCUGCCAAAAUACAAGAACCUCAGCGCGGACGGGAAGGCGGAGCUGCUGCUGUUCCACGCCGUGCCGGUGCACUACUCGCUGGGGAGCCUCAAGUCCAACAACGGGCCCAUGAACACGCUGGCCACCGACGGCGCCGCCCGGAACUUCAACUUCACGGUGCAGAACCAGGGCGACGUCGUCACCAUCCGGACGGCCGCCGGCAGCGGCGCGCCCGCAAGGGUCAAGUCCACGGCGGUCGACAAGGACCCGCUCGCUGUCUACGUCAUCAACGCCGUGGUGGAGCCCGUGGAGCUGUUCAAGCCCGCGCCGUCGCCGACGCCGGCCCCCGCGCCCGCGCCCGCCGCCGCGGCGGACGCGCCCAAGGCCGGGAAGAAGGGCGCCGCGCGCCACGCGCCGCCCGCCGUGGCCGACGCGCCCGGGCCCAACGCGGACGACAACGCGGCUCCUGUGGACCAGAAGGACGCCAACAAGAAGAGCGCGGCCGCCGGCGCGCCGUGCGACCGGUGGUGGCUCGCCACCGUGCUGGCGGCGGCCGUGGCCUCAGCAUUGGCUUAGCGAUCGAUGGAAGGGCUUUCUUUUUUUUGCGUUUUGUUUAUUUUUUUUUCCGGUGAUGAUCCAUUGGCGUGUGAUCGUGGUUUGUGAUGGCGUGCUUGCGAGGUUUCUGUUUUUUUUUUUCUCGAUCGGGAGAAAAUAGUGUAUGCUUGCUUGUUACAUAAUAUUCGAGCUCCUGUUUAAGCCUUGUUUAGUUUGAGAAAAA